GCUGCCUGGACGGUGCCGGAGAUGACGGUGGAAGCGGUACAAGUGCUGAUGGCCUUGCAGAAGCGCUUGACGGCGGAUGAGCAGCUCAACCUCGAGCAACUCAGGAGGUUGGCUGCCAUCGCCUCGGAGAGCUUGGUGUCCAGCCUCCUCACUGGUGCUGGCGCCACUGCCCAUGCCAGUGGCACGCUGUUGGCACUCGCCAUACGGGCGGCGCCGAUGUGCGAUUCGCAUCGCAUGGACCAUUUUCAGAUCUUCUUGGAGGUGCUGCAACACCGUAGUCCUGAGUUAGCCAAGGCACAGGGCGCCGCGGCACAAGUGGCUACAGUCUUGGCACAGGCGAUUGCCGCGCUGGCCUCCUCCAAGACGGCCUGUCGUGCGUCCGGUGCAGCGGCCACGACGGGUGCACGGCUGGUGGCGGUGGCGUUCUUGUCGCCGGCCUUGCGAGAGAAAGACGACGCCAUGAGGCUCUUCGUGCGUGGGAUCGUCAGGGGUCGUUAUCGUCAGGUGCGGCAGGACCUUCCCUCCGACCCGCGGCCGCGACCUCCGAUGGAUGGCGACCUCGAGCUCCGCACCGCUCCGCCCGGGACCGCGCGCAGUCCCGCGCUGGGCAGCGGGGACGACGGCGGCGAGGGCACGGAUGAGGAGUCGGAGAGCAGCUGUUCUGGGAGCUCCAGCGCUGCGGAGGAGAGCCGUGUAGCUGGACCGGUCCGGCAGAGACCCGGUCGGGCCGGAAGAAAGACGGAGCGACAUACGGACCGUGGAGAGGUGAAGGAGGCGGACCUCGCAGCACAGACCAUGGGCAGUGACUUCGCACUGCAGCGGGUUCCCAAGCACGCGCGCUAUGGUUGGUUCUCCAUGGCCAUUGAGCAGGUCGCGCAGGGUGGCUGCGUCGUGGUGGUCGUGGUCGGCGCUCAGUUGGGACAUCGGAUGAGUGCCACGGAGGCGCUCGUGGCGGUGGUCUUGGGCAAUGGAUUUCUCGCAGUGAUUUGCAUGGUGGUGGGUGCGAUCGGCUGCCGCGAGGGCUUGACCACCUCGCUCUUGGCGCGUUGGACGGGCUUCGGCGUGGUCGGCUCACAGCUCCUGAGCUUCAUCGUGACGCUCAGCUUAGUGAGUUGGUUCGGAAUCCAGGCGGCCAUCGCCGGAGAAGGCUUGCACACCAUCACCAGCGGCAUCACCAGUUUGCAGCUAUCUUGGCCUUGGACCGCACUCAAUGGUUUUCUGGUGACGUUGGUGGCAGCCUUCGGCUUUCGCUACAUCGUGGGCAUCGCCUGGAUCACUGGCCCGGCCUUUCUGGUGGCCGUCGUGUGGGCCUUGUGGCGCGUGGAGGAAGCACACGCUCCCAGCGAAGACACGCAGCGCAUGUCCGUGGGCGAAGGCACGAACCUGGUGGUGGGCGGCUACAUCGUCGGCUCGGUCAUCGUCAGCGACGCCUUUCGCUUCAGCCGCAGCAAGCGACAGGUGGUGUCUCAAGUGCUUCUGCCGCGAUCCUUGGCGAUUAUCGGCUACAUGUUGGCCGGGGUGCAGAUGGCGCGGAUGUGCGGCACCGACGACGUGAUCCAGAUCAUGAAGCGAACCGUUGGCCUCUGGGCGGUGGUCGUCGUGGUGGCUGGAGAGAUGGUCAUCAACUGCACCAACUUGUACUUCUCGGGCUUGGCCUUGGUGGCCAUUGGAGAAGCUCGGGUCGAAGCGGGUCGAAGCGGAGAGGCCAACUUGGCGAAGACAUCGCCACCUUUCCAACUGGUCCACCUUGCUGAUCGAAGCAACUGGUGCAUGGCGUUGAUCCAACUGGUCCAUCCAGCUUGGUCCACCUGGCUGAUCCCUUUGGGUGCCGUUUUUUCACCACGCGUCGCGCCGGGGAGCGAGGAUCAGAGCUGCGGCUUUCAACUGAACCGCCCAGUGGUGACGAUGAUCUGUGGAGUGCUGGGAAGUGUCUUCGGCGCUCUGGGUAUCUUGAAGAAGUUCAUCAGCUUCCUCACCGUGCUGGCCGUGGCCUUCCCACCAGUGCCAGGCAUCAUGUGCAGCGAGUACUUUCUGGUGAAAGCCUUCCGUCCAAGCUUGGAGGAGUCGCGCCGUGCGGGUGGCGCUCUACCGAGCUGGGCACCCACGGUGGUGCCCUGGGCGCUGGUGAUAUGGCUCCUGGGAGCGCUGGCGGGGAAGUUUCUUCCCUUGGGCGCUCCUUAUGCGACUUCGAUGUUGCUCCCGGCGUUGCUUUACUUCUUGGGUGCCCAGUGUGGUCUCAGCAGCCGUGUUUACGGCAGCAGCCGCACACAGACCUGUCGCGAUGGAGAUCCCGACCGGUCCACGUGAGCGGUGCGGCCGGGCCACGUGAGCGCGGAGAGGAAGGGCGAGGACUCGGACGAAGGAAGAUCGAAGUACUUGGGUACUUCGAAUUCAGCUCAGGAUAGAGA